CCUCUCCAGCCGAAUCUUCCCUUCUCUUUCUGUAUCCCCCUUGCUUUCUUCAGUCUUCUUCAAUCUCCAGCUCGCAGCAGACCUGUCGGCAGCAAGCCAGCAACACCAGCAGCAAGUCUGCACCUAAGGGUUGUUAACGAAAAGUGUUCCAACUAGCUAUUGACUAAAUGCUUAUGGUGCCAUGAGUAUAAGGUGGCCUAGGCUUCUAACACCAACACAACUCACUCAAAUUUUGAGGAGCCAGAAAAAUCCAUUAACGGCGUUGCAGAUUUUCAAGGAUGCGAAAGACAAAUACCCCAGCUAUCACCACAAUGGUCCUGUGUAUGCCACCAUGAUCAGCAUCCUUGGAAACUCAAACCGAAUUGCUGAGAUGAAAGAGGUUAUUGAUCAGAUGCGUGACGAUUCCUGUGAGUGCAAAGAUUCAGUCUUUGUUACUGCAAUCAAGACCUAUGCGAGUGCAGGCCAAAUAAGUGAAGCUGUCUCACUCUUCAAGAAUAUUCCAAAAUUCAACUGUGUAAAUUGGACUGAAUCUUUCAAUACCGUUUUGCAAAUAUUGGUGAAGGAAUCAAAACUUGAAACAGCUCACCGUUUUUUCUUGGAGAACUCAUGUGGGUGGGAAGUGAAAUCUCGCAUUCGUGCCUUAAACCUGCUAUUGGAUUUUCUUUGUCAACGUAAUCGCUCUGACCUUGCAUUGCAAGUCUUCCAAGAGAUGGAUUAUCAGGGUUGCUAUCCGAAUAGGGAUAGUUAUCGAAUUCUUAUGAGGGGGUUGUGUGAAGAUGGAAGGCUAAACGAGGCCACGCAUUUGUUAUACUCAAUGUUUUGGAGGAUCUCUCAAAAGGGAAGCGGAGAGGAUAUCGUAGUAUAUAGAACCCUUUUGGAUGCUCUGUGUGAUAAUGGGCAGGUUGAAGAAGCUUUGGAAAUCCUUGGUAAGAUAUUAAGGAAGGGGCUGAAGGCACCUAAGCGAUACCGCCACCGUCUUGAUCUUAGUCAGUGCAAUAAUUGUGAAGAUAUAGAAGCCACAAAGCUUUUGAUUAAUGAAGCUCUAAUCAGAGGCGGAGUUCCCAGUUUGGCUGGUUAUACAGCGAUGGCUGUUGAUCUUUACUGUGAAGGCAAGACUGGUCAGGCUGAUAAAGUGCUAGAUGAAACUCAAGAGAGAGGCUAUAGGCCAUCACUUAGGACUUAUGAAGCGAAGGUCGCCGCAUUGUGUAGACAAGGUAGAAGUGGUGAAGCCAUUAAUGUAAUUGAAAGGGAGAUGGUAGAGAGAAAUAGUGUUCCAAAUGUAAGAUUGUAUAAUGUCUUAUUGAAAGGCUUAUGUGAUGCUGGGAAUUCAGCAAUCGCUGUUAGUUAUUUGAAAAGGAUGGCUAAGCAGGUGGGUUGUGUUGCCAAUCAGGAAACUUACGGCAUUUUAGUGGAUGGGCUGUGUCGAGAUGGUAGGUUUGUUGAAGCAAGUAAGGUUUUGGAAGAGAUGUUAAUUAAAUCAUAUUGGCCACCAGCUGGUACCUACAAUAUCCUUAUAAGGGGUCUUUCCUCCAUGGGCAGGCAAUAUGAAGCUGUUAUGUGGUUAGAGGAGAUGGCCAGCCAGGAUAAGCUACCAGAACUUUAUGUGUGGAGCUCCUUGGUAACUUCUGCUUGUUGUAAUAUGGUUGAUGUAGAUGUUAGCUGUGAGACAUUUAAUCAGCUUAUCAGUUCAUAGCGCAUGUAAGCGCAACUAUCAUACAUGAAGUUUGUCCUAUUAGAUGUCCCCGAUGAUA